AUGGGCAAUUAUUUUUUCAACAGAUGCCCCAAUUCCGCAGAAAUAACCCUACCCCACACUGAAAUACAACUGAAUCUUCUUCCCCAAUUACGCGAUGACGGAAAGUUGGUUGGGGCUGAUGCGUCAGUGGAUAACCAGCACAGAUCUGUUUGGGUCGAUGAGGCAUCAUAUCCACACCCUGUUGAAAGAACUCUACGAGAACACAGAGCUAUGGGCCAAUCACUAAGCGAAGAGCCAGGGGACGAACCACCGAUACUGAUGAUCCAAGGGUCUGAUGUCAUAAUCACUGAACCGUCCAUCGGAGAGGAAGGAAUUCCCUUAUUCCCAGACUUAGAGUUUCAAUUGCCAGAACAAGAAAUGCGGGCCGGCAUUAACGCCCAACUUCAUGCAGCUGCUGCUGCUGUUCCCUUAGAGGACUGUCUAGUGUGGAUCGUGUCAACUGAAGACCUACUCAAUUCAUCCCGUGGAACAGAUUUGCAUCAAUCAGAGGACGAACGUAUUGAUUGGCCCGUGGAUCUGGUCGUGCAACUCGGCCUGUCCGGUACAAAUGACAAACACGGAGUAAAACUUCAUGGCCGGAAGCCUGCAGGAUACUACGAAAGUCUCCUGAGGACGUUUCAUUAUUUCCCUCCAAGAGAAAUACGUACAUCUGACGAGGCCAAUAAACCAGAUCCUCGAGAAGCAAACGUUCGAUACGUGGCCACUGUGGGUCUCAUGUGCAGUACGGAUGCAGGACAGCAUAUGACCAAUCAGUUUUCGGUGAAGGUUGUGCUAGAAUCUCCCGAAUACAUCGAGCAGGACCUAUCUGGUAACAGGGCUAUUCAAAAGCUCUCCCCGAAGACCAUUGAUGCUACUCCAAUUCGCACCCAACUAAACAAAGGACGUCGUCCUCGACGUAAUGGAUCGCGGACCAUUAGAGAGGCAGAAUUACAAAACGUACCACCAGUCCGACCAGAGACGAGGUCACAUGUUUCUUCAGUAGUCGUUGGAACACUUGUGGUCGUAAGUGCAACGCUGGUGCUUCUCACUGUGGCCCUAGUCGUGUUUGUUCGCAAGAAGACGUGGAGAAGAAAGGUUCGAUCGUCGGAUUCGGUUGAACAUCCCCGCCGCCGCCGCUUCCCAUCAAAACCAGCCGAUUUCGGUGGAUCCAGCCUCAAGUUUGAUCCAACUUUACGUUUGACUGCCAAUCCCAUCGGGGAAAUGGAAUAUGUAGGACUUGGAACGGUGAAGGAAAACAUGUAUGGCUCUUCGCGGGACUUGGCCGCUACUCAAUGCAUAUUCUCGCCUCCAUCGAUGGACCCGUAUAGCGAAGAAGGUAUCGUGCGUUUGGCUGGUUUAGAAGAAUUCGAUGAAGAUUACGCUGAUGAAGCCAGUGAGGAACUAUACAAUGAAGACGUUAGUCAAGACCAUGUGCAAGAAUUAAACGACGGUGAAGUGCUGCAAAACUCCACGGACUGCUCCGAACUAGAGAAUUCCACACAUGAAGAUGGACUUGCACCUCGUUGUUCAAGCCACUUGGAAGCUUCUCAAUCACAGGUCCACGACUGGCCAGGAGAACAAGAGGCUGCUACCGAUCGAUUGCCAUUCGUGGCUGACCCCAACAAAUGUUAA